AUGGUGAAGCCAACUGUGGCAGGAGUCUAUUCGGCUACCUAUAGUAACAUACCGGUGUACGAAUAUCAGUUUGGAGAAGCACUUAAGGAACAUGGUAAGGAUUGCUGCCACUGUUAUCGACGCACUCAUCAAUUAUGGUUUCUAGUUAUGCGCCGCCGACAUGACGAUUGGAUUAAUGCGACACACAUUCUUAAAGCUGCGGGGUUUGACAAGCCUGCGAGAACAAGAAUUUUGGAACGAGAAGUACAGAAAGAAAACCACGAAAAAGUGCAGGGAGGGUAUGGCAAAUAUCAAGGUACCUGGGUGUCAUUGGAACAGGGCCAGGCUCUGGCGCAACGAAAUAAUGUCUACGAGAAACUUCGUCCAAUUUUCGAAUUCAUCCCGGGGAACAUCAGUCCCCCGCCUGCUCCAAAGCAUACUACAAACAAGCCAAAGGUGCCAAAAAAGCCAGCGGUACCAAAAUGGGGAAGCAUGGCCCCUCCAGCUCGCGUCAUUGAAGACGAGUAUGACAACCAGAGCGCACAAUUAAACGAUGAUGAAAGUAUUGCAGACGAUGUUACUGUGGCUUCUGCAUCUUUCAUGGCCGAAGACGACCGGUAUGAUAUUUCUCAAGCUUCGACUGGUCAUCGAAAGCGUAAGCGUGAAGAGAAUGCUCAACACGCUCUAAACCAAGCACAUCUUAGCUAUACGGACGAACUUCUAGAUUACUUCAUGACCUCAAACCUCGCCAUUUCUGCCCCGAGACCAGAACCACCUUUAAAUUUCCAACCGGAUUGGGCAAUUGAUCAGGACGAACACACAGCGAUGCAUUGGGCGGCUUCAAUGGGAGAUGUUGAGGUCAUGAAGCAAUUGAGAAAGUUUGGCGCAAACCUGGCAGCUCAAAAUGUGCGUGGAGAAACACCCUUGAUGCGUGCCGUUCUUUUCACAAACUGCAAAGAUAAGCAGUCUAUGCCAUUGGUUGUCAAGGAGUUGAUCGGGACAGCUCAUAUCGUAGAUCACUGCGGAGCUACGGUACUUCACCAUGCUGCUGCCUCAACAGCACAACUCACAAAACACAAGCCCGCCCGCUAUUACAUGGAUGUCAUCCUGAAUAAGAUGCAGGAAGUGUUUGAACCUGAACGUACUCAAUCAAUAUUAGACGCACAGGACAUUGAUGGAAAUACAGCCAUCCAUAUUGCGGCAAAGAAUUGUGCACGGAAAAUAAUCAGAGCCUUAGUUGGUCGAGGUGCUAGGACAGACAUCACGAAUAAUGAUGGCGUUUCUGCAGAAGCACUAAUCCAAGAAAUAAACCACAAGACCAUGCGGGAGUUUCACCAAGGAUCUUCUUCCCCAUUUGCUCCACAUGAAAACCAUGUGUCUUUAGGCUCUCAAGAGGUUAUGGACCAGAACUGGCCUGAGGGAUUUGACACGCCUCCUCGCCAGAUACGACGGUCGAAUGCACCUUCUCACUAUUCAGAGGCAGCCAUGUCUGUGGAAAAGAAGAUAUAUCCUCUUUUACAGGAGAAAUUUGGGGAGCUGGCUGACUCUUUCGACGAAGAGCUGAAAGAAAAGGACACCUCGGAGCAAGAGGCGCACCGCAUUGUUGCCCAGGUUCAGGCUGAGCUGAACGAGAUCCGUAACCGAAUAAUUGACAUAACGUCAACAGCAGAGGAUCCUGACACGAAGGCUGAGGUACAAGCACAGCUUAACAUGGUCGAGCAAGAAAUGCUUUCCCUACUUGAACAACAACAGCAAUUACAACUUCUAAGCCGCACCAACCGAGAAGAAAACAAAGCUAAUGGGCACGCAAGCAACGGUGACGAUGGCCUUGCCGAGCGAGCUAUGCUUUCAAAAAUACUCGCCUCGGAACAGGAAAAACGUCGUGCUCUCGUCUCCCGAUACCGAGAUGCUCUCGGGGCCGCAGGCGAUAUCGGCGAGAUGGGCGAACUCUAUCGUAAAGUCAUUGCGGAGAGCAUGGAUCGCGUUAAUUACGAUGAGAUUGAUAACGAGAUCGAUGUUAUUCUCGAGGCCAUGCAGGAUGAGGAACGGGAUGGGAUACUUGGUCCUGAGGACGAGUGA